UUCUUUUUAGAUUAGCAAGCAGGGCAACCUUAUGGUCCACAAUGAAAGGCUCUUAGUUUUGUUUGGUCACAUGUAAAGCGUGGGCUCCGAGGAUCAACGCAGGUCAAUCAAGUGUACAGGAUACCUACUUCAAGUACUUUGAGCCCACAAGGGCCUAUUAUUUUUGAACACGCGCAGACCCUUACUGCUAGUAUCAUGAAAUGAAUGGUUAAUGACUUUUGCUCAGAAUAAACAUGAACAAUACUCAGUUAUGGCGUGGCUGUGAACGAAUUUACGAGAAACCCAGUAAAAGACGCAAGAGCAACUCGCAGUAUCAGACCCAUCCAUAAAAAGGGUGUAACCGCCAUUCCUCCCCCCACUAGUUUUUGCAUUACAUAGCAUUACUUUAUCAACAUGUCCACUGAUGUUCAAACUAUUCCCCUGGAGCCUACUCCUGCAGAAAAACAAAUCAACAAUGUUGAUCAACGCAUUUUAACCCAUGCGACGGAACAACUGAACCAACUUGUGAAAGCGUAUCUCGAGGCGUAUCCUGCGGAUGCGAACGAUGUCGCAACUUCACCAGAUCCAUUAAAGUCACAAUGUUAUUUUUUGUAAUCACCAAGAAAUCGCCCAUGGGAAUGUUGUUGGAAGGAGAUAGACACGACAUGAUGGAGUGCUUGAACUAUCAUUUAUUAAAGUGGUGUGUGUGUAGUUUGUAGUUUGUGUUUGUGUAGUAGUGUAUAAUAGUAAUAUAUCCAAAAUUUA